UUGCUAUGGCAUCGUUCAGGUGCCCACGGGACCCUGGUUCUGCCGGAAAUGUGAAUCUCAGGAGCGAGCAGCCAGGGUGAGGUGUGAGCUGUGCCCACACAAAGACGGGGCAUUGAAGAGGACUGACAAUGGAGGCUGGGCCCAUGUGGUGUGUGCCCUCUACAUCCCUGAAGUGCAGUUUGCCAAUGUGCUCACCAUGGAGCCCAUCGUGCUGCAGUAUGUGCCUCAUGAUCGCUUCAACAAGACCUGUUACAUCUGCGAGGAGCAGGGCCGGGAAAGCAAGGCGGCCUCAGGAGCCUGCAUGACCUGUAACCGCCACGGAUGUCGACAAGCUUUCCACGUCACCUGUGCCCAAAUGGCAGGCCUGCUGUGUGAAGAAGAAGUGCUGGAGGUGGACAACGUCAAGUACUGCGGCUACUGCAAAUACCACUUCAGCAAGAUGAAGACAUCCCGGCACAGCAGUGGUGGGGGAGGAGGUGGAGGCGGUGGCGGCAGCAGCGGGGGCGGUGGCAGCGGCGGCUCAGGAGGAGGCGGCAGUGGCUUCAUCGCUGGCAGGAGGAGCCGGUCAGCCUCGCCUUCCACCCAGCAGGAGAAGCACACCACCCACCACGAGAGGGGCCAGAAGAAGAGUCGAAAGGACAAGGAACGCCUUAAACAGAAGCACAAGAAGCGGCCUGAGUCACCCCCCAGCAUCCUCACCCCACCUGUGGUCCCCACUGCUGACAAGGCCUCCUCGGCUUCCUCCUCCUCCCACCACGAGGCCAGCACUCAGGAGACCUCUGAGAGCAGCAGGGAUUCAAAGGGGAAAAAGUCUUCCAGCCAUAGCCUGAGUCAUAAGGGGAAGAAGCUGAGCAGUGGGAAAGGUGUGAGCAGUCUUACCUCUGCCUCCUCCUCCUCCUCCUCCUCUUCCUCCUCCUCUGGGGGGCCCUUCCAGCCUGCAGUCUCGUCCCUGCAGAGCUCCCCUGACUUCUCUGCAUUCCCCAAACUGGAGCAGCCAGAGGAGGACAAAUACUCCAAGCCCACAGCCCCAACCCCUUCAGCCCCUCCCUCUCCCUCGGCCCCCGAGCCCCCCAAGGCUGACCUCUUUGAGCAGAAGGUGGUCUUCUCUGGCUUUGGGCCCAUCAUGCGCUUCUCUACUACCACCUCCAGCUCGGGCCGGGCCCGGGCCCCCUCCCCUGGGGACUAUAAGUCUCCCCAUGUCUCGGGGUCCGGGACCUCAGCAGGCACCCACAAGCGGAUGCCCUCAUUAAGCGCCACCCCUGCAUCUGCUGAGGAAACCCCUGAAACAGGCCUGAAGGAGAAGAAGCACAAAGCCAGCAAGCGGAGCCGCCAUGGGCCAGGCCGUCCCAAGGGCAGCCGGAACAAGGAGGGCACUGGGGGCCCCACUGUUCCCCCCCUGCCCAGCGCCCAGCUGGCGGGCUUCACUGCCACUGCUGCCUCACCCUUCUCCGGAGGUUCCCUGGUCAGCUCUGGCCUGGGUGGCCUGGCUUCCCGCACCUUUGGGCCUUCUGGGAGCUUGCCCAGCCUGAGCCUGGAGUCUCCCCUGCUGGGGGCAGGCAUCUACACCAGUAAUAAGGACCCCAUCUCCCACAGUGGCGGGAUGCUGCGAGCUGUCUGCAGCACCCCCCUAUCCUCCAGCCUGCUGGGGCCCCCAGGGACCUCAGCCCUGCCCCGCCUCAGCCGCUCCCCAUUCACCAGCACCCUCCCCUCCUCCUCUGCUUCUAUCUCCACCACUCAGGUGUUUUCUCUGGCUGGCUCUACCUUUAGCCUCCCUUCUACCCACAUCUUUGGAACCCCCAUGGGCGCCGUUAACCCCCUCCUCACCCAAGCCGAGAGCAGCCACACAGAGCCAGACCUCGAGGACUGCAGCUUCCGGUGUCGGGGGACCUCCCCCCAGGAGAGUCUGUCUUCCAUGUCCCCCAUCAGCAGCCUUCCUGCACUGUUCGACCAGACAGUGUCUGCGCCCUGCGGGGGCGUGCAAUUAGACCCGGCAGCCCCAGGGACGACUAACAUGGAGCAGCUGCUGGAAAAGCAGGGCGACGGAGAAGCCGGUGUCAACAUCGUGGAGAUGCUGAAGGCGCUGCACGCGCUGCAGAAGGAAAACCAGCGGCUGCAGGAGCAGAUCCUGAGCCUGACGGCCAAGAAAGAACGGCUGCAGAUUCUCAACGUGCAGCUCUCCGUGCCCUUCCCCGCCCUGCCUGCCGCGCUGCCUGCCGCCAACGGCCCUGUCCCUGGGUCCUAUGGCCUGCCUCCCCAAGCCGGCAGCAGCGACUCCUUGAGCACCAGCAAGAGCCCUCCAGGGAAGAACAGUCUCGGCCUGGACAACUCGCUGUCCACGUCUUCCGAGGACCCACACUCAGGCUGCCCAAGCCGCAGCAGCUCGUCGCUGUCCUUCCACAGCACGCCCCCACCGCUGCCCCUGCUCCAGCAGAGCCCUGCCACUAUGCCCCUGGCCCUGCCUGGGGCCCCUGCCCCGCUUCCGCCCCAGCCACAGAAUGGGUUGGGCCGGGCACCUGGGGCAGCGGGACUGGGGGCCAUGCCCAUGGCUGAGGGACUGUUGGGGGGGCUGGCAGGCAGCGGGGGCCUGCCCCUCAAUGGGCUCCUGGGAGGGUUGAAUGGGGCUGCCGCCCCCAACCCUGCGGGCUUGAGCCAAGCUGGCGGGGCCCCCACGUUGCAGCUGCCGGGUUGUCUCAACAGCCUAACAGAGCAGCAGAGACACCUCCUUCAGCAGCAAGAGCAGCAGCUCCAGCAACUCCAGCAGCUCCUUGCCUCCCCACAGCUGACCCCGGAACACCAGACUGUUGUCUACCAGAUGAUCCAGCAGAUCCAGCAGAAGCGGGAGCUGCAGCGGCUGCAGAUGGCUGGGAGUUCCCAGCUGCCCAUGGCCAGCCUGCUGGCAGGAAGCUCCACCCCGCUGCUGUCAGCGGGCACCCCUGGCCUGCUGCCCGCAGCGCCUGCCCCCCCACUGCUGCCUGCUGGAGCCCUGGUGGCACCCUCACUGGGCAACAGCACAAGUCUCAUGGCUGCAGCAGCCGCAGCUGCUGCAGUAGCAGCAGCAGGCGGACCUCCAGUCCUCACUGCCCAGACCAACCCCUUCCUCAGCCUGUCGGGGGCAGAUGGCAGUGGCAGUGGCCCCAAAGGAGGGACCGCUGACAAAGGAACCUCAGCCAACCAAGAAAAAGGCUAAAAUCACCCAUAUCCCUCUUGAUCCCCCAAGUGGAGGGGCAGAUCCUGGCCUGAGGGUCCUAGCCUGGAGCAGGCACCUGCGCCCAGACACUGGAGAGCCCUGGCCCAGAGCCUGUGCUGAGGCCCAGGAAGUGUGGGGAGCUCCUGGUGCCGAGGAUUGAGACUGAGGGGGAGCCCCUUCCAUCUGGCCCCUCCCCUCUCUGUACUGUCCCCUUUGGGAGAGCUCAGAGGUAGGACAGGCUCCAAGACUGUCUAGGAGCCCCCACCCUCAGCAAAUGUUUUGAGGUCCCCCAGAGAGCGAGUGGGCCAUGGCAUAAGUGGGGGGGUUGGUUGGACCCGCCACAUAAGAUGGAUCAGCACUUGCAUGGGGACAAGUGGAGGGAUAGGCCCUGGGCCUGUCCCUGCGUGUAUGUCUUUUAUGGAAGAAGGGCUGGCCCAACUUUACCUGCCGUUUCUUCCUAGCUUGGGCAAAUGGCAGAAAGGGUCCCUUGGACUGUUUCUCACCAUCCCCACCCCCCACCAAGGGUCACAAGCUGAGCUUGUAAAAGCCCACAGAUGUAGGGGGCUGAGGAAGGGGCAGGAGAGCAUCAAACUCAGCCCAAGCCUCCCCUACCUCUCGAGGGCCCCAGUGAUGGGGGGGCAGGUGCGGGGACUCAGCCGCCCUUGGCGCCCUGCCCCUUGUUUGCACUAUUGGUUAUAGGAGUGCUGAGGGCGGGCAGAUGGAGCAGCCUGCCUCAGAGCGCGAGUGCACGCGUGUGCGCCUGUGCGCCUGUGCCUGUGUCUCUGUCUGUCUGUCUGCCCUGGGCCUGGGGCAGCCAAGGGCACGGACAGGGGCAGAGGUCAGGUGAAGCCGCACCCAAGGGGGGAGCUCCCAGCUCUUGUUUGCACCGUCCCCACCUCACCAACUUUGGUCCCUUUCUGGGGCAUGAAUGGUUAACAAAAACCGGAACAGUACUCCAAUAUUGGAGAGUAACUGGGGGUUGGGGGCUUUGAAUCAGGGUAAUAAUCCUGCCUUCUCCCCAGACCCCACAUGGUCUCAGGGCCCCCUCAGGGCCCCCCUACCCCCACUGAUAGUUUGGUCUUUCUUCCCUGGCACAAGGGGAGCCCCAGAAAUUGGGGGAGGGUGUGGGGGGCGGGCUAAAGUGCCACUUCUUUUAGCAAAAGCCUCCCUCCCAGGAUUAACCAGCCUGACGCCUGCACCCCACCCCCACCCUGUCAACCAGGGGAGCCCCUUCAGCUGACCCAAUAACUGUCCCCUCACCCACCAGCUAUUUCCCCGGGGUGUAGUGGGCAAUUCUCACCUUAAAGUAGUCCUCACCUGUCCAGGGCCUUUGGUGGCCAAGGCUGAGUGGGACAGUCGGAGGGGAAGCCUGUGUCCCUGUUUGAGUUGCACUGGGGUUGGAGCCAAGGGCAGGCCUUUCCAGCUUUCCCUGAUGUCUGUGUCUUGUCAGUCUCUGCAUGUGUGGAUUUUUGUGUGUGUGUUUUUGUUUGGGUUUUUGUUGUUGGGGUUGUUUUGUUUUUUGUUUUUAAAUAAAGAAAAGAAGAUGUGUAUAUUUUUGGCAAUGACAGAAACGUAGUGCAGAUAUAUUUUUGCCUGUGCUGCUCAACUGUUUUUUUUUCUGAUACUGAAAAUAAUAUUAAUAUUCCUGUUGAUAAGACUUUCUGAGAUGUUAGGGAGCUGACAAUGGAGGGGGUGGGUGGGACUCCUUCAAAGGCAACUUCUUAGGCACUUGCAAGGGCUUGGGGGAGGGGGAAGGCAG